AUGGCGCAAGACAGAUCACACAGCCAAUACGCCGCCAAUUUCAUGAUUUGCUCAUGGAUUUGCAAGUCGGUUCAUCCUUCCAUCGUACAGAGUAUCAUGUAUAUGGAUAGGGCUACGGAAGUCUGGAAUGAUUUGAAGAAAAGAUUCGCUCAGCUAGACGCACAUCGCAUCUCAACCUUACAAAACGAGAUCUACAGUUUAAGGCAGGGAAAUCUCUCGGUGAAUGAAUAUUACACUAAAUGUAGGGCUCUUUGGGAACAGAUGAAUGAACUAAGGCCAAUUCCAAUGUGUAAGUGCAAUCCAAGAUGUUCCUGUGAUUUAAUUGAGGAAAUCAAGAACGAACGAGACGUAGAUUGCAUCAUCAGGUUCCUCCAAGGCUUAAGUGAUGAAUAUAAUUCUCUAAAAUCUAAUGUUCUGGUUUUAGAUUCUCUGCCAGAUAUUCACAGGGUAUUUGUUAUGGCUGAAAAGUAUGAGAUACAGAUGAACACUGCAAACAUGAAUGCUUUGGAGAUAAGUCAUGCAAAUGCUAUGCAAUCUACACAGACGAUCAAUAAAGAUGUGGUAGCUGCAGUCAAUUACUUCAAUGGUAGAAGAAACAUGAAUAAUGGCAGUACAAACAAGACUGCCAAAUGUACGUUUUGUGGCAUGAAUGGCCACACUGUGGAGAAGUGCUAUAAAAAGCAGAGUUAUCCCCCGGCUGGGUGCCAGGCUUCAAGUCGAAGGGAAAACAGCAGAUAA